UCGAAGUCAUGCCCGCGUGCAUGUCGCCGGGUUCAUCGGCUCGAUACUCAGGGGGAGAGUUGCGGCCCGAGGCGGACGAGUGACAUGAGACAGUCCCGGCGUGUCUCGGCUGCUCGCAGACGCUCGUUUCUCGCAGAGGGAGGCACAGACUAAUGUUUUUUUUGGUGGUGCUUUAUUCAAGUAGCCCUGAGGACGUGCGCGUGAAGCCCAUCCCACUCCGUUCCUUAAAAAAAAAUCUACUGCGCCUGCUGGAGCCGCUCGGUUCCGCCGGCUCCCUUCGGACAGCCCCCCCUGUGAGCUCCAGGUGUGCGGCUGUCCUCUCGGUAGUGACCGCGGAGGACAAAGGAAGAGCGGCUGCACUUUGUUUCUUCUCAUCCGAGGUGGCCGCGGUCCUUCUCCCCCCCACCCCCACCCGCGCGCGCCGCCCCAACUGGCCAGCCGCGAACACCGCUCUCUGCCUGGAGACACGCUGCUGUGUGGAUUUCCCCGGGAGCCUUCAGCGCGUACUAUCGAGCGGGGUUUCUAAUCACAUUGACAGCGCGAGUGAGGCGCGCGAGCUGCUCACUUAACCGGCCGCCCGACAGCGAUGAAUGUCGGGAUCGCUCUCCCGUGAUACGAGAUCGCUUCCCCAGAGCCGCCGCAGCCUGUCUGUCGCUUCUAUGCAGAGCCUUUGCAGGGUCAAGAUGCAGUUCCGGACUGUGCUGGACGUGAAAGUCGUGGACGUGGAGAAGAGGCGCAAUCCGUCCAAACACUACGUAUAUCUCAUCAAUGUCACCUACUCGGACAACACAUCCCACAUCAUCUACAGGCGAUACAGCAAAUUCUUUGACCUGCAGAUGCAGAUACUUGACAAGUUCCCAAUUGAGGGAGGGCAGAAAGACCCAAAGAAGAGGAUCAUCCCAUUUCUCCCAGGAAAAAUCCUGUUCCGGAGGAGUCAUGUGCGAGACGUGGCUAUGAAGCGGCUGCGUUUCAUCGACGACUACUGCAGGGCGCUGGUGCGACUCCCCCCUCAGAUCUCUCAGAGUGAGGACGUGCUGCGCUUCUUUGAGACAAAGGCCGAGGACGCCAACCCCCCAGUAGAGGACUAUGGCUCCAAGCGAAAGUCGGUAUGGAUGUACGGCUUUACAGACAGCCCGAGGAAAGAGGCCUCAGGGAUCGACAGCUCGGAGCCCAUGGUGCUGGAGCAGUACGUGGCCGUGGCCAACUACGAGAGGCAAGAGAACUCGGAGAUCAGCCUCAAGGCCGGCGAGACGGUCGACGUGAUCGAGAAGAGCGAAAGUGGUUGGUGGUUCGUCAGCACAGCAGAGGAGCAGGGCUGGGUACCGGCCACAUACCUGGACUCCCAGAACGUCACCAGAGACGAUUUGGAUCUGGGCACCUCGAGGACUGGAGAAGUUACUAAGAGACGGAAGGCACAUCUGAAGAGGCUGGACCGCCGCUGGACCCUCGGGGGUAUAGUCAACCGCCAGCAGAGCAGAGAGGAGAAAUACAUGACCAUACAGCCGCACACCAGUCAAGGCAAGGAUGAAGUGAGCUUCGAGAAAGGGGUCACCGUGGAGGUCAUCCAGAAGAACUUGGAGGGCUGGUGGUACAUCAGAUACCUCGGGAAAGAGGGCUGGGCCCCGGCCUCCUACUUGAAAAAGGUUAAAGAAGACUUCUCCCCCCGCAAGAAGACCCUGACAGGCCCCGUGGAGAUCAUCGGCAACAUCAUGGAGAUCAGCAACCUGUUGCAAAAAAAGUCGGUCAGCGAGAAGGACAUCCAGACGGAGGGGGAGGGCAGCACCACGCCGGAGCGCCACUUCUCCAAGAGCGAGAUCAGCCUGCCCAUGCCGUACAACUCUGAGAUCAACGCCGAGACGGGCAGGAGGCUGAGCGCGGGCCGCGACAACAACAGCCCGUGUCUGGGAAUAGCGGCGAGUGCUGCCCUCAAUGAGAGUAAAGGGAGGGGCGAGCAAGGGUCCCCAGCUGUAGCCAGAGUGGCUCCGCACAGAGUGGAAAUUGGCUUUGAUGCUAUAGGGUCUCCAAAUCUGAGACAAAAGCCCCCUCCACGAAGAGAAACUCACUUGGGAUUCCAGUUACCCAAGCCUCCAGCGCCCCCUGCUGUGGAAGCAGAGUAUUACACCAUUGCAGAUUUCCAGUCCUCCAUCUCUGAUGGCAUCAGUUUCCGUGGAGGACAAAAGGCUGAUGUGAUAGAGAAGAACCCUGGAGGCUGGUGGUACGUGCAGAUUGGUGAGAAGGAGGGCUGGGCCCCCUGCUCCUACAUCGACAAGCGCAAGAAGCCCAAUCUCAGCCGUCGUACCAGCACCCUGACGCGGCCCAAAGUCCCACCCCCAGCUCCUCCUGUCAAAAAACAAGAGUCUGAUGAGGCUCCUCCUCCUACUAACUCUGCCUCUAAAGUCUCAGAGCCGCCGAGCAGGCCUGUGUAUGAGGAACCUGAAUAUGAUAUCCCUGCGAUUGGAUGCGAAGGUGAAUCCGACACGGAUUCCCUGAAGGAUCAGCGAGCCCCGACUGUGAAGAUCAGCAGCGUGGCCAGCGACAAGUACCGCAGCGCCCCUCCUUCCUGCAAGGCCUCUCCUCCCGUCUGCAAGGCGUCCCCCGUGUUCACUCGUCGAAGAGCUUCCUUCAGGUCCGCAGAGGAGGUCUCAAAAGACGAGUGUGUCUAUGAGAACGACGUCUUCAGGACCGGCAGUGGUGUGGAAAGAACUUCAGUCAAAGGUUCCAGUGAGCCAAAUUCUCCAAGGAGCUACCAUUCCUCCACGGUUCCACGCAAACCAUCCGGAUCCUCACCUCACGCUGGUCGACCCAUGAAGACCAUGACGCCAGAGAUGAACCGGAGAAGCCAGACCCUGGGCAGACGCAUCGAUAUCAGCUUCAGGUUGCAGGACAACAGCCCCGGAUCUUCAUCAGAUGAAUUGAGCAGAGGCCCCAAGAAAAGCUCUGCUUUGAGCCGUAGUGUGGAGCAGAGAAUAGGUCAGAGCCCCUCCACCAGGCCCAAGCCCUCCGUCAGACCGAAACCACUCCUGACUAAAUCAGAGCCCCAGAGUCCUGAGAGGUCGGACAUCAGCUCUUUGAGACGGCAGCUGAGGCCCACAAGUCAGUUUCGGCCUCAUGGCCUCAAACCUGCCCGUGGAGACGACUCUGAAACAGCCUCUGUCAUCUCAUCAGAGGACUCCAUGUGUUCACGCAGCACCUCGGAUCUCUCUUCGGUCUACUCCAAAGGGAGCCGUGGUGACUCAGACGUGGAAGGUCCCAUUCUCUACCGUUCCCUGGAUGCCUAUAAGAAGGUCCAGGACUCUGAGGUCAGCUUUCCAGCCGGGGUGGAGGUUGAGGUUCUGGAGAAGCAGGAGAGCGGUUGGUGGUACAUCCGUAUGGGAACGGAGGAGGGCUGGGCUCCUUCGUACUACCUGGAACCUGUCAGAAAAGUGGGGGAUGCAGGGGGGUUGGACCUAGAUAGACAUGGGAGUGGUAGGAGUAAGUCCAACAGCCUGGAGAAAAACGAGCAGCACGUCUUGGCCCUCAACAACAUCAACAUGAAGGGUCCGAGCCGCCAGCAUCAAAGCUUGAGAAGGGACAGUCCGCCAAUUCCUUCCAAGCCUCCUGGUGGCUUCUCGAAGCCGUCCGGGAUAGUUAAUGGAGGUGUAUGCAUGAGGAACGGGGUCCGCCAGGUGGCGGUCCGGCCUCAGUCUGUGUUUGUGACCACAACGCAGCCGGCCAAGGAUGCACACUACAUGACGGGUUCUCUGAGGCGGAAUGACUCCCUUGGCAGAAGCGAUCACUAUGGCUCUGGUUCUGCCACUCUCGGAGUCCGCCGAAACGCCUCCUUCAGCACCGUGCGUCCACACGUCGUUGUCGAAAGUCAGACGAGGCCUGCCGAGCGCUCCGGCCUGGGGUCCUCGGGCAGCGCGUUCAGCACGAGCAAUGUCCAGGACGCCCUGAGCAGAGUCACCCAACGCAACGGCAUCCCUGUGUCCGCAGUCCGACCCAAGCCCCUGGAGAAGAGCCAGCUGAUCCACAAUAACCUCGGCAGGGAAGUGUACGUGUCCAUCGCUGACUAUCAUGGCGAUGAGGAAACAAUGGGUUUCACUGAGGGCACCUGCCUGGAGGUGUUGGAAAGAAACCCCAAUGGAUGGUGGUACUGCCAGGUGCAGGACAGCCUGCUUCCCCGCAAGGGCUGGGUCCCCUCCAACUACCUAGAGCGGAAGAAAUAAAAGCAACCCCUCUUGAUGUCUUCAAGGACGUUGGUGGCAUCACUCCUUAAGAAUGUUACCCGCACUCUCAUGUAAGCAAUAUGUCCUUGGAAAUGUACAUUGAUGACUGCGUUUCAAAGGACAGAUAUUUUAAUCUGAUUAGGAAGGACACUUUUAGUGCUGGUUUACUAAAAAUUAAUACAAGGAGUGUAACGAUUUCAAAUACUCUGGCCGGGAACGAGAGACAGGAAUGUGGGACUGUUGGUCCGUGGGUGAGGGAGUUUGAGGAGGACGAUCCGUAUCUUUGAGAACGUGGUGUGAAUGGGAGCGAUAACCUCUUAAAAGAGGUUUGCAUCAUGUCGUUCAGAUGUUGAGCAGCAAAAUGGUUAUGCUCAUUCCUGCCCAUCACUGACGCUGAUGGCCGAUAAGUGCCUUUUGUAUUUGAUCACCUGAAUGGAGGUCUUAAUGGUGGAUGACAACAUGUUAAAUCAACCAAAUCUUUUAGAGUGCCAUAGGCCGACAAAUACCACCAGGAGUGUUUCCCAAAGCAUAUUCAAAGCUUCCCUUUUAAGUGCAAACAAUGUGCAAUGUUUCGAUCCCGAGGGCUGUAAUUAGUCCAAUACAAAUUUAAGAAGAAAAAACUGAGAUUUAAGUGAGAAUGUAUUUGUUUUAAGCCGAAAGUCGUUACGGAAACAUCAAUUGAAUUGUGUUAUAUGUGUUUUUUAUUUCAUUUCAUCGUUCAUGUUAUCAUGUUUUGUGUUGAUGCAAGUCUUAGAUAAUUAUUUCUGCUUUCUUGUGACAUCUGUUCUCCACCAACAGCCUCGAAUUGGAAAAGUUAAAGCUCCUGCCUCGUUCAGCUUUCAUUAAUUGGCAUCGUUUUAUCUCAGAUCCCCAAGCGCAAAAAACAUUUGUUGAUAAUAAUGCUUUUAAUUCCAGAUAUAACUAUCUGGAAUAACAAAUGUGUAAAAAAAACAACUUGAAGAUAACAGUCAGAUACUUUAGUCUCACUGAGAGAACAAAACCAUCUCAUAUCUGGUUAGCUAAUAACCUCAAAAUAUAUAAACAAUUACAAAAGUGGAUUGCAGUUGCAUUGCAUUACUGCAGUGAUUGUGUUAUAUUGUUUUUAGUACUGGAAAUGUGGUGAAAUAAUUGAAUUCCAGGGACGUAUUUGCUCAGAAUGUAUCCCAAAAUGUGAUCAAACCAAAGAGAAAUGUCAUUUCAUUGGCUAUUUUUGUGAUUUAACUAUUUAUUUAUGUACAGUAAUACAGUGUAUUCAACAAAAUGCCUAAAGGAGUUUUAUGAACUGAAAGAAAUCUGUAGCUGUAAGCACUUGAUUCAUUUUCUGAAAAUUACAGAUCCGUGAAACGAGAAGUAAACAAGCACAUUGUAAUAUUAGAUAUUGCUGUGCAUUAUGGGUGUUGGCAGAACAUAAUGUAGAAGACAACAUAGCAUAGUGCAUUUUUUCGCAUCUUCCAAAUGAUAGUUGGGUAUAUCAUAUAUCCAAAUAUGUGAAUAAGUCUUAUCAAUCAUUUAAAAGUAUCAAGUUAAAAAGUAAUCAUCAGCAAAUGUAGAUUUGUAAUAUGAAAAUUGGACAUUCUGAGCUCAAAUCUAACUUUCAAAAUUCAAAUGACUGAUGUUCAAGAUUGCUGAAAUACAUUUUCUAAUGAGCGCUGUGAGCUCUCUGUGUGAGUCACGAUGUUUCUGCUGGACAGUGUCACAGCGUUCAGCUCAGUACAGUCGCUGCUCCAUCAUAUGUGUGUUUGUCCAUGUGUUUGUCCAUGUGUUUAUUACUCUGUGAUCACACGGCGACAAUAACGAGGACCGAAGUGGUUCUGUUUUGUGAGUUAGUGCACUUUAAACCUGAUUUAUGGUGCAUUAAUGUAAAGAUGCAGUAAAUACUCAGCAUUUUAUUUAUUGAAUAAGUUUUUUAAAUUAUUGAAUUUCUUUUCGUCCAUCACCUCACAUGAGAGGUGGAGCUCUGUCCAUGACAGUGGCCUUGCCAAGGUUUGACUAGAAUUGGAGGAGUAGAGACCUCUAGUGGCGGGUCCGAGGUGUUACAACAGGGUUUGUUUCCUCGAGGCUGACCUGCCGUCCUGCCUCAGUGUAGAAGGAACACACUGCUGGCCAGUGACCAACAACUGUAUUUUUUAAAUUUUGUAUCUCACUGCAGCUAAGAUAUUUUUUUAUAUUGGCAACUAAUAAUAAUAAUACUUUUUUUUGUAAAAAAAAAGUUUCUUUUAAUUUUUACUCCAUGCUGUGUGCUGCAACUUUAACAAAUCCCGGGCACUUCCUUCAUCUUUAUUGUGCUUUACAUAAUGCCGGAUUUUAUAUACAUAUAUAUUUAUGAUGAAUAGUUUUAUAUUUUAUCAAGGUUUACCAAUAACCUUAUUCCCCUACUCAAAAUAUUAUUGCAAACCAUUGUACAGAUUUGAAUUGUUACAAAAAGUUGGUACAUUAGUAUGCAAAAAAAUACACUCUAAUAAUUUAGAAGAAUAUGUGACAUUUUUGUAUCUCAGAUAAAGAUUGUAAUCGAGGCCCCGCCCAUCCAGACGAAGGCAUUAUGUAAACGUGUUCCAUCACUUUGUACUUGUUGCUCCAGCACAUAUUAUUGCAUAUUGCUUCUUUUUGAUUGACCAGAAUGUAACUGAAAUGUAAGGGCAUUGUUCUGUGAGAGGCUUAAAUUCAGCUGCGUAGCGUCUAUCUUUAAUCAUGCUUUCACCUUUUGCUUUUGACUUUUUCUGUUGUCAUUUUUUUUAAACCCCAAAUUCUGAAAUGUAACUGCGAGGAAAUGUGCAAUAGAUGAGAAACGCAUCAUGUUUCAACAGGAGAAGAUAUUCCCAGUCCAACUGCCAGUCGCUCGAUGGUGAGCUUUCGCCAUCGAGCGUGAGGUGGCUCUGAGAGAGCCCGCGUGAAAAGGCCCCGUUGGGCCAACGCCGUGCGGCGCCUCGCCGUCUCCUGGCGUUCUGACUUUUAGAACAAUUGCGUGAAAGUCUCGGCUCUUCCGGGCGCCGGUCAGCGGUGGACACGCGAUGUAUGAAUGGCGUGGCAGAGCCCUUUCUGAACUGACACUACAGCCAUCUUUAUCACAGACGGAGAGUCAAGGGCCCAUCAUCAGGGGCCUCAGCGGCUCUGCUCUGAACUGUCACGUUCGUGCCUGAAUGGAAUUUUGAUAGUGUCCUGUUUUUUUUUUUUUUUUGCCUUGUUAUUUUUGUCUUUGUUUAUUGGCUUUGCUUUCUGGAGUGUGUCCUCUCUGCACCUACACGAUGCCUCUUGACAUUUACCCACCUCCGUGGAACCGGGUCAGACGUUCUCCUCGCCAAUCACCGCGGCGAAAGGUGACAUUUGGAACCCGAGGACGGAGUAAACGAGAGCCCCGUCAGGCCCUUUCGGAUCAAUCCAUCAGCUUCCAGGAUGUACGCCAAAAAAUAAAUAAUAGAAAGGCCUUUAUUGUUCUCUUUGCCUUAUCCACGUGUGACGGGUGAACACGCCGUCACACUAACUACUGUAUGUACAGGCCAAUAAGGCUCCAGUCCACAAACCCUUUUUGCAGUUAAAGUCCGACUAAAUAACACAACUUCUAGAACAAGUGAAAAGAUAUUUAGGAGCCUGAAGUCACGGCGGCACAAAGUACCCGUUACACGUUACUAUUCUGUAAUCGUCUACAUGGACCAGGGCCUUUCAGAGCACAAACACUGCUUCUUUCAUCCGCGUUCUAAAACCUCACAUCUACUUUUUCCUUUUCAUUCAAAAGCCGCUUCUUUUUGCUUUAAAGCUCCCCUGAAGGAACAGUCGGAGCAACACCUGCAUUAGUUUUCUCUCAGAGAGUUAGACGAGAUGUUUUGUCUCCCGUCGCUCACUGUGAUGUUUGACCUUCACUGUGCAGAAAGCUCUCUUCACAUUCACCUGCCGGGGGGUCCUACAUGUUGAGUCUGUUCGUGAAGCUAAACGGUGUCCUGGCUGGUUUCCUGUUGGUUGUGUACGACAUGAGAGUGUCUUCUCCUCUGUCUCUGCAUUAAAGGGAAUCAGUGUGUUUUUUUGUUAACGUCCAACUGUUCCUUUAAGUGGUUGGGCUUUGUCUUCGAUAUCAGCUCUGAAGGUUGUGCCCCCCCCCCCCCCCCCCCAGACUGGGACUGUGGGUUUGGGGUUUUGGGGUCUUAGUGUGUUGUUGCAUUCAUCAGUCGUCGUCAUUCACGUCAGAGGAAAACGUGGCAAGUUUCUCAACAUGUGUCACGCCCGCACCCUGUUUUAUCCCCUCUCUCUUUGUGUUUCGGCAGAGGGGCGUGAAGCCCCUUAAACUCGGCCGAGCUGCUGCCGCCGCGGGGGUCUCCUCCUGGCUGCCUGCACCUCUCCUCCUUCCUUCCUCGACACAGAUGAGCAGUCUAUUCCCACUGAAAAAGAUUGAGAUGUCUAGGUGUGUGUGUGUGUCUGUGUGUGUGUUUGCACAAGGAGAUGGAAUUGCUUGCAGGUGUACUUGGGAGAAGAGAAUGUGGGGGUCAAGGAGGGGAUUUUGGGAGUGCAGGAAUGCAGGGAGACACGAGAUGGAUCAGGUAGUGGAUUCUAGGAGACAAGGUGAGAGGAGCUCCGCUUUGUUAGGGGGAGAGUUGCGAGGCUUUGGGGUGUGGGGGGGGGGGGGGGCACUUUACAAACUGAAAAGGCUUCCAUCAGGCAUUUAUCCGACCACUUCAACAAACCCCAAACCGCCAUCCUCAGACACGAUGAUUUAAUGUGAUGCCUCUGCAAGACGGUGAGAGACAAGUGAGUUGACGCAGCAGGAGCUCCUCGGUGUCUCUCCUUCCAUCAAGUAACUUUUAAAACUGAUCCAAAGUCUGUUUGUGGCUUCUCUCUCUUCAGAUGUGCUGCAGCCCCCGAGGGUGUGAGCGAAGUGUCAUGAGGUUGUUGUGCUUUAAAAAAAAACAAGACAAAGGAACGAAUGUCUUCACAAGGUCUUAUUCCUCAGUUGGUUGUUGUUGUUAUUGUUGUUGUUGAGAGAAGUGGUUGAAAGUAGUGAAAGUGUAACAGGAGUUGACGUAUAACCAGACGAGCUUUCAUUCCAAAUGGAGAGAAAUCCAAAAAUGCUGUUACUGGCAGAGGGACGGGGGAGGUGUGAGGAGUGAGGUUCAGAAGGUGUGUGUGGGGGGGGCGAGCGGAGGUAUUUAGGGAGAAGAUCUUCGAGGUUAUUUUUUAAUGGAUGUGAAGAAGUGACUGAAGGAAAGUACAAAAGCCCAGUGAAGGGAGUGAAGAGAGUGAAGGGAGUGAAGAGAGUGAAGAGAGUGAAGGGAGUGAUGGAGCGCGGAUUAGAUGUCGUUGAAAACUUUGUCUCAGAGUCACUCGCUGUUUGAGGUGGAGAUCAGGAGGAGACUGCUGUGUCGGGGAACGAGGCCCGUGGUCUUUGUCCCACGAGGACACACAUGAGGACACACAGGGGUACAAGGACACACAUGAGGACACACAUGAGGACACACAGGGGCACAAGGACACAUGAGGACACACAGGGGCACAAGGACACACACGAGGACACACAUGAGGACACACAGGGGCACGAGGACACACAUGAGGACACACAUGAGGACACACAGGGGUACAAGGACACACGGGUACAAGGACACACAUGAGGACACACAGGGGUACAAGGACACACGGGUACAAGGACACACAUGAGGACACACAGGGGCACAAGGACACACACGAGGACACACAUGAGGACACACAGGGGCAUGAGGACACACAUGAGGACACACAGGGGCACAAGGACACAUGAGGACACACAGGGGCACGAGGACACACAUGAGGACACACAUGAGGACACCCAGGCGCUGUCCAUUGUCGCCUCUGACUGACAGCCUGCUCGUGUACUCUUUUGAAAACAGGGCAUUUUCUUAUCGACCGUUUCUUUUUGACAAGUCUUGUACCUUUUCGUUUGUUUUUUUGCAUCUUGUACAUGUUUACAUUGUAUCUCGCAUCACCCAAAAAAGAGAAACAAUAUUAAAUGUAUUAUCUCUGUUGUUUUA